AUGGAGAGAAAAAUAUUGUUGGCAAAUAUCGGUAUAUUGUUGUUUCACACAGCAUGUCUUUUUCCUAUGGCGUCACAUUCAGACCAUGGCAAUGAUAUUGUAUCAGCUCAGUUUAAUGCUGAAGAUCCCCAUUUUGUAAUAGUUGCUCUACCUUUCAACUUUGAUUUAUAUGAUAUGAACAAAGAUGGUGUUAUAACACUGGCUGAACUGUCAAAUGUCACAGAGACUCAGAUGGAUGAUGCAAAUGAACCAUUUAAAAGUGCUGACAGAAACGGGGACCAUGUUCUAUCAGAAAAGGAAUUUCAAGAUGCCCCCUGGGUAUUUUCUAUUCCUUAG